UUUUUUGUUUGUUUGUUUUUGUUCUGUUUUUUUUAAAAAUAUGCAUAAAUAUAAAAGACAGACAACAACUCCCCUAAAGUUCCCAAAACCUUUCCAAACUCAUCUAGUUCCGAUAUGUUGUCGAAUGAGAAGCAAAAGAACCGCAGUGAAGAGGACGUGAUCAAAAAACUGUGCUUGGCUAAUGGAGUGCCCUAUGAAAAAAUUGCACAAGAGGGAAGCAGCAUCACAUCACUGGAGAUGUUCUUCUCUGGUUUCCCCCGCAUGGUUGGCCUCUCCUUCUUCCCAAGGCUGUGCCAGCUUACCAUAAUAGGCCAGAACAUAGAGCACAUUGAUGGACUUGAGUGCUGUCCUCUGCUUCAGGAGCUCUGGAUAGUCCAGUGCCAUCUGACGGAAAUAUCUGGACUACAGAACUGCCUACAGCUGGAGAAACUGUACCUUUAUGAGAACAAAAUCAGUGAAAUAAAGAAUGUGGACUUGCAGGUCCACCUAGAGGUGCUGUGGAUCAAUAACAACUGCAUAACUAAGAUUAAGGGCUUGGACACACUUCUAGACCUUAAAGAACUAAACCUUGCUGACAACAUUAUUGAAAAGAUUGGGCACAGCCUUGAUCCUAAUGUCAACCUUCAGAAACUCAAUCUGUCUGGAAACAAGAUCAGCUCCUUUAAGGAGUUGAGCCAGCUUGCCCGACUGCCCCGUCUGAGUGAGUUAGCAUUGAAAGACCCCACGUCAACCCCAAACCCGGUGUGUCUCCUUUGUAACUAUGACACGCACAUUCUUUACCACGUGCCAAGCCUCCAGCGACUCGACAUCUACGACGUCUCCAGCAAGCAAAUCAAGGAAGCAGCUGAGUCUGCAGUGAUGAAAAAAAUGAUGUACUACAAUAUGCGUGUACGCACAGCUCAGAGGAAACUAGCAGAGACCCGGCUCAGUCUGAUAGAGAGGAAGAAAACUCUAUUGCAGUCACCUGAAGAAUGCAUCAAGACUCUCACUCGUGCCCUUAAAUUUCUCGUAUGUGAGCUCUCCGUGGGACCAGUUAGUUGCAAGAAGCCUGCCUGCCUGUCAGAAAGCGUAGCAGAAGGGCCACCCCACCUGGAUGAAGGCUUAACAGAAAGACAUGAAUCAAUCAGUGACAUCAGUGAGGAUCCAGCCACGGAGCACAAAGUACACGCUAAGAUUGAAGCACUGAGGGAACGACUCAAACUAUGGACCAGGAGGCUAGAUGAGAUUCACAUCUGGUACGAGCGUGAUUUGGCCCGAGCCACGAACAGGAUGGAGUAUACGGUGCAGUUUCUACUGAUGGAGCUAGAAAGUGUUGGAAAUAUCCGUUUGGAGGAGGGCUGCUCCACAGAUCCUUGGUUUACUUCUUGUUGUGACCUCCUGCUUUCCCGCUUCUCUCCAUCAGACUACAAAACAUAUGGCAUCACUGAUAUUAGGAUGGAUAGAGUUAUCCGCAUCCACAAUAGUGCACUGAGACUUUGCUUUGAGGACAAGAUUCACAGUUUGCUGGCCAGCGAAGAUUUAUCUUGCCACAGGAAUUACAGACGUCAGCUGGAGUAUUUAUUCUACGUAGUUGACCCUGAAAAAUGCGAGAAGGAUGAAACUUUGCAGAUUCUCCAGGAAGGCUUCAAAACAACAGAGCAGCAGAAGGCCAUGGGAAAAGAGGGUGCUAUACCUUUUUCCAAUAGCCUGAGUUUGAGUGAGCAAUCCAGAAUUGAGUACACACUUCGCCAGACCAGCCAAGGUCACACAAAACACAGCAUGGAUACGAUGCCCUUCAGGCACGGUCAGGUCAUUGUUUCUAAAGUGUUCAUAGGUAAAAGCAUGCCCAUCCGAGAUGGAGAACCGGUGGACAGAAGCAGUUAUCCUGGAGUUUACUCUGUGUAUCGCAUUGCAGAGACAAAGCACAGAUCUGCAAUGAGUGAAGAAAGACCCGGCUCCACCAAAACACACGCUGACCUUGAGUCCAGUCCCCGCCGAAGGCAGUGGUUUGUGUUUGACCACGAGCUUGUCCUGCCAGAGUACAUCAUAUAUUAUGAGUACAUCACUCAGAACAAAGACAAACCUACACUGCUGAGCCAUACCACAGACAGAGAGCCUUCCAAUGAUGUUGCUCUGGACAAAGAAGUCCUCAACAGGGAACCUGUUCUUAAACCUCAGCCCAAGUUAUUGAGCUUGGAUGAUAAAAUUCUGCUUAGUGUUGCCCGAGCCAAUGUCCUCAGUCAAAUCACAGUGCUUAACCUUCAUGGCAACAGCCUGAGCAACAUAAAGGAGAUUUCCAGCCUCACGGCUCUAAGGCAUCUUACUGUCAGCUUCAAUGAGUUCACGCACCUUGAUGACAUUUCUCACAUGCCAAACCUUGAGUUUUUGGAUGCUAGCUUUAACCACCUGGUGACUCUGGAAGGUCUGCGGGGGCUGGGACAGCUUAAACAACUUGAUGUACGCUGGAACAAGCUGACCAAGGUCAGAGAGGAUACAGCUGUGCUCAGAAAACACACACCUGCUCUGCUGAAACUGGACACCCGAUACAAUCCGUGGAACAGGCCUGAGGCAGUCAGAAUGACCAUACUAGGCCAUCUCAUGAACCUCACACACCUGGAUGAUGUGCUGGUAGCAGAGGAGGAGGCUGCCAAAGCUGCUCAGAUGGCAGCUGGGUCCAAAAUUAACCAGGCGUCUCUUCUGGCACACUCGUGUACCGACAGAGACCGUCCCCGCACUCUUAGUCUGCUGUCAACAGCCCAGCUCCUGUAUCAUUUGAGUCCAUCACCCUGGGGCCUUGGUAAAGAACUGGACCAAGACUGGACUACAAAAAUCACUACCCUGAACCUUGACAACCAGAGGAUUUCCAAGAUGAUCAAUCUAAGUAAGCUGGUGAACCUGCGCUGGGCCUCCUUUAAUGAUAACGAGAUCUCAAAAGUUGAGGGUCUGGACAGCUGCCUGAAGCUGGAAGAACUGUCCCUAAACAACAACAGUAUUUGCACACUCAGUGGCCUCACACGACUCCAUUGCCUAAAUAAACUGAGUGUAGAUGGGAAUCGGCUAACCAGUCUGGACGUCUCAACUCUUGACGGGCUGUCCAGCUUGUCUUUUCUGUCAGCUGAGAACAACUGUAUUGCUUCUCUUCAUGGCAUCCAGAGACUUCGGUCUCUCCUUGAACUUUACAUUGGCAGCAACCAGAUCUCUACAUCAAGAGACAUCUACUGUCUGAAAGGAUUGACAAACCUCAUCAUCCUGGAUCUCUGUGGGAACCCUUUAGUGGAGAAACUGGAAAACUAUCGAAUAUAUGUAGUGUUUCAUCUCCCCUUCCUCAAAGCUCUGGAUGGAAUUGCAGUGGAAGCAAGUGAGUGUGAGAGCGCAAAGAAUAUGUUUAUGGGAAGACUGACCAGCGACACAGUGGCAGAGAAGCUGGGCCACUCAAACUACACAGAAAUCACACACCUAAACCUUCAGGCCUGUUCCAUUAGGAUAGUUGAUCUGUCUCCACCAGACCUCUUCCGUAAUGUGCGCUGCAUUAACUUAGACCAUAGCAACCUCACAUCCUUCUCAGGCCUCAUCCACCUGCCCAACAUCAAAGCUCUUUGUCUCAACUAUAACCACAUAGAGUCAAUUCUGCCCAGGCAGAAGACUCAGACUCAUCUGACAAGCAGACAGAUACUAUACAGCAAAGUGCGCUCCAGUGGCUACAGCCAACAGAGCACAUCUAAAGCCAGCAGGGAUACUGGGCCCACUGGCAGCCUGGAGCCACUGAUGGGAAGCCUGGAGGUGCUUCAUUUGAGUCACAAUGGCAUCUCCAAUAUGGCCAAUCUGCAGCUCAGCAGGCUCACCAAUCUUAAAGCACUCUUCCUCGAAGGCAAUGAGAUAAACCAAGUGGAAGGCUUGGAAGGGCUUCACCAACUCAGAGAGCUUGUGUUGAACAGAAACCGGAUUAAAACUCUGACCAAGAACUCUUUCGCAGCCCAGACUCUCCUCCUAGAGCUCCACCUGGCACAGAACCGGAUCCGGGAGCUGAACCAUCUUGAUCCUCUGAUUGAGCUUCGCAAGCUCUCCCUCGACAUGAACAAGCUGCAGGACAUCGCAGAGCUUGACAAAUUAGAAGCUCUUCCCUCACUGAAGGAGCUCUCUGUUGUUGGCAAUCCUGUGCCACGCAAUUCUUUCCACAGACCAGCAGUGGUGCUUCGCCUGCCCCAGCUGCAGGUCCUGGAUGGUGUGGACAUCACUCUGGAGGAAAGAACCAGGGUGGAACUCCUCAAUGCUGAUCCAUCACCAUACUCCCAUCAUCCCGGAGCUCUCCUUCCUACAAGUGAAGUUAACCUACCUGGACUGCUUGUGUCCCACAACCCCACUCUAAGAGUAAUGAGUGUAAGCGGAGGGCCACAGUAUGUGAUGCACGGGCACAAUAUCCUGCAAAAUAACAUAGACGAAGACCAUUACACAUACAAAUGUAAGAAGGACAAACACAGUAACGUUGCUCGAAGUGGCCAAACUGAUAUUUACUUCAGACACAACCGAAGAACAGGAAGCAACAUUCCGACCACUGCUGGGAACAGACAACAAGAACAAGACAGCAGAUUCCCAAAUGGCGGUAGAUUUCCACCCCAGUAGGAAUCAGAAGAGGUGGAACACGAGGUGAACACAUAUGGCGGCCAUCGCUGUUGUGUGUUUUUAUGUCCUGGUGUGAAAUUAAUGGCAAUAACAAUAAUCUAUGUGUAUCUAAAUGGUGGGAUUUUUGUAUGUUUUGAUAAAUUACUAUUAGUUAAUACAAGCUGCACUUUGAACUGAACUGCCUCUGAUGUAAAUUAGGCUGUUAUGGGGGGGGGGGCAUAUGUCGUGCCUUCCUCUCAAAUGCAUAUAUAAUGAUUGAGACUUCAUUUUUUUUAUCCACAUAUGCGGAUCACUAACCAUGGUAAUCUGAGGAUGAGAGGUUUUGGUGUCAUUUUGAAUGCCAUCUCAUCUUUUGCAAACAAGUAGAAAAAACACACACAGAUGUAAGGGCGUGUGAGGCUGGCAUGCCGCGUCCAUCGGGUCAGAUGCAUCCCCAACAAGUGGAUAAUCCAGCUUUAGCACACCUCUUUGUGGACAAUAAUCUGCAGUCGCUCAGAUAAAGAUAUAAUCUUGAAUAAGGUCCAAAUGGAUUUCAGAGAUUGUCAGUUUCAUCAUGUUAGCCUCUUUUCGAAAAGCCCACAGCAGUUUCGUCUCUAACGGGCAAAUCUCCUGUGUUGUAAUGAACCCACUCCACUUGGUGUUUAUGAUGUUAGCUCAGUGGAGCAUUAAAAUAUAUUCUUCCUGUUUUCCUGUUGGCAUAAUCUAGCGGUGCCACAGUCAACAAAAACACCAGUCUGAAUAAGGCACAUAAGGCAUAAUUUUGUGGGGUAAAAACUCUUUACUGCAAUGGGAAACAUUUAUGAAAAGCUUCAUUGCUUUCACAGUUGCUCUGCCGACUAUCAUACAUUAGAUCAACAUAGCAACUUGAAGUUUUAUAACUAAAUUUGUGCAAAAUUACACAGAGGAAUAUAAUUAUGAAAACGCCAGCUUAAAAGACACAGUGUUCGCUGCAGAGAUUACGCAUAGGUGGUGUUAACAUGACCACUAGGUGUCCUUAGAGCUCCAUUAACACUGCUAAUCAGUCAGUGAGUUUUGACCUGUAUGCUGUAAGCUGAAGGAGGAUGUUUGCACUUCACUUUUGUGUCUCUCUUCCCGUGCAGCCUUUUUGCUCAACAUCCCAGAAACAAGCCAGCUCUACGCAGAAAAAGUGAAAAGCUCUCCCCAAACAAGCUCCCCUAAUGCAUGUACUUAACUUCACUUAAUUUGUGUUAAUUCCCAGCAUUAAGCGGGGCUAAUGACUGCACAAGUGAGUGCACUGUCAUUACCCUGCUCUGCCUGACAUCAAAUGGCAGCUGAUGUACUUCUCUUGUUAAAAAAAAAAAAAAAAAAAAAAAAGCACAGGAGAGAUUUGGGGGCUCAGUGUGAGUGCUCUAAUGCAUUAGGUAUUGCAGAGGAUAAUUACACAUUUUAUAUUUGAGUACAGUAUGCGCAGUAUGGAUGGUUAUAAAUAUAUUUCUAAUUCCUGUCGUGCGUGGUGUAAGCUUAUAGUGAGCAUGCCACUUUGCACGGCGUGUCUCAUAUCUGCAUAUCUUUCAGUGUUUCUAACAUUAAAAUGACAUUAGCAUAAAGAUUGUGAAUAAUUCAUCACUUCUGAGCGAACCCAGAUGCACUGCUCCCUCUGUCUAUCUCGCUGCCUUUCCUAGCUCCUCCAUGUGAGUAGACCACAUGGUUUGUUGCUGGUUUAAUGGGAUGGAAUGUGACAGGUUAUGUUUUCAUCUGCCUGAUAUGGAGCCCGGCUCAGGCGGGAGUGACCGAGAGGGAGAAGAAGAAGAAGAAGAAGAGACACAGAGAGUGAGAGUGAGGGGUGGAGAAGAGGGGAGUGAGCUGUCCUCUGCAGUUGUAAUCUGGAUUCAGAAUUAGACAUGUUUGAGCUUGUUGUGAAUCUGUUAUAGAUGAUGCCUGCCCCCUUCCCCCCAGAAACCUCACCACACACACACACACACACACACACACACACACACACACACACACACACACACACACACACACACACACACACACACACACACACACAGAAAAACGCAUGCUCUGCAUGGGGCCAUUACUGCUGGUCCACUAACUCCCUACAUUUGCUGUGUCUGUGCAUUCAGAGCACCAUUAGUCCAAGACUCUGUGAAUAAUUGCUGAAUGGACCGCGUUUUCACAGCUAUCUACUCAGGUUCAAGUGUUGGAGGGGAGGUUAGAGGGGUGACGACGCUGAUUGAAGUUUGAUGCGGAGGUUAACGCCGCAUGUUGUGCGGUGCUUGUCGAAAAUGCGCCGCAUGUGUAAUGGAUGACUGACGUUACACUCCACAUGCAUUACACAUUCGCCAACCUGUAUUAACUUUUAGAAGUGCUUUGAUAGGGGCUACAAUUUCAUCAACAUCAUCACUUGAGUUGAAAUUGCUUUUGGAAAAAAUGAACUUGCAAUUGACGACCAACUGCAAGUCAUCAAGGAAAAUUAUUUUGUUCUCAAAAGGUGCAUAUUAUGGCCCAAGUUCAUUUUAUCCUUAAAAAAUACAUCCUCUAUCUUGACAUAUUGCUUCUCUUGAAAUCUGUCAUUGAGUUAUUGCUGUCGCUUGUGAUUUGCCUGUAAUUUGUUUCCUGUGGAAUAAAUCGUGACUGGCAAGAGGCUGAAAACACGGAGAAAAAAGAAUGGAGUGAGAGUGACAGUCAGAAUGAAAAGAAAAAUGCUUUUAUUUUGUGCAGACAUUUUGGAUAAGAGCCCGCAUCACAGAGGCAUUAAAUCUUAACUGCUUUUCAUUUCAGGAAUCAUGUGUCGUUUAUAACAUUAUUGAACUUGUGUGUCAUUAAUAACAUUAUUUCAAUCACGCAAAGUGUAUUGCGAAAUGGCAAAAACAAGUUAACAGAACAACCAAACAAUGCACAAUUUUCUUGCAAAUUUAUCAGGAAUCAAUUUUUGGAGCUUUGUCAGAUGGUUUGCUUUUGGGUAAUUUGGUAUCAGCCUUUCAUAUUUCAUACAAUUUGCAAUGUGUUUCUCCUUUAAUGACUUAAGUGUUAAUUCAAGUGGAUAUUCUUCACCAGAGAGCUUUGACAAAAACACAGCAAUGAUUUUAAAUAUGCGGCGCUAUGGGAGGAUUGUGGGGUGGGGUACAUGUUGCCGUUAUUGAUGGGUUUUUUUCUGUUAUUAUGGUUUAUUGUGUCCUACGCGGAAUAGAAAUCGCUUUUUAAGAUGACAAGGAAACAUGACCUCCUGCCCACCCUUAUCCCCUGAGCCCCAUUGAGCAACAACAACAACAACAAUUUAAUCUCUUUUGACCCCGAUUGUUAUUUUUCUUUGUGUUUGUAUCUUGGCCUUUUUAGUGAUCGCUUCAUGAUCCUCCCUUUUUGCCCCGCUUCUUUCUAAGCAGACACUUUGCCACAAUCACUUUCAUUAUAUUGAAAUAAAA